UCUUAUCUCUGGUCCAAAACAAACUGAUAACAAAAAUUCUAACAAGAACAAAAGUUUUAUUUUAUAUUUAAAUUAUACAGGAAUAAUGGCUCGAGAUGGUGUAAUGCCACCAGCUAAAUCUGGAGAAUAUAUUGCUAAGCAUGCAAAACAUGUUAAAAUCAACCAGGAUGGUGGGGAAAGGUUGUGCGAAGAGAUACUUUCAAGUAUCAAAUGUAAUCAGUUACAAAUGCCAGACACAGGGUCUGACUCAAUUCAUCCUUCAAAAGAUCAUCCGCGAGCAGUCGACUGGGUCUUUGUGACGGAUGCGCUGAAUUUUUGUUUUUGGUCCAAAAAUAAAGAAGAGCAGUGGGUUGUCGAUGGUUUCACUGGAUAUUUAGCUCUGGAAGCUGCAUUGAACAGAGCAGUAAAGAAUGGUGUUGAUAUCACAAACCCUGAAUUUUAUUCUAAAAUAACAAAAGAACAAUUGUCUAACAUCAUGAAAGGUGAUAAUGGUGUUAUACCAUUAUUUGAUCAAAGAAUUUCUGUUUUACAUGAAAUUGGUACAAUACUCCUUGCAAAGUACAAUGGUACAUUUGAAACUUGUGUAAAAGAAGCCAAUAAAUCUGCGAUAAAAUUGCUCGAGAUUGUAGUACACAAUUUCCCAUGCUUUAAAGAUGAAGCUAUAUAUAAUGGUCAAGCAGUCUCAUUCUAUAAGCGAGCGCAGAUUUUAGUUGCCGAUUUGUGGAAUUUUUUCAACGGCACUGGCUGGGGACAGUUUGAGGAUGUAGACAAGUUAACAAUGUUUGCAGAUUACAGAGUGCCUCAAGUACUAGUUUAUUUUGGUGUUAUGACAUAUAGUGAUGAACUGAUGAAGCAAUUGAAGAAUGAUGAACUCCUUGAAAGUGGAUCAGAUAAAGAAAUAGAAAUACGAGGUUGCUCAAUACACGCAGUGGAAUUGCUAAAGAAGACAAUAGAAAAAGAAAUAAAGGAAAAAGAGUUGAAUGUAUCUGUGCCUAAUUCCACUUUGAUUGACUACUACCUUUGGUGUUAUAGAAGAAAACAUGCACAGGAGGUUGAAAGUAUACCGUAUCAUAAAACUCUGGGUAUAUUUUACUGAACAUAUGGGUAUUUAUUAAUUUAUAAACAUACUAGCUGUUGCUCGCAACUUCAUCCGCAUGAAUUUAAAAAAAUAAUAAAUACAGCCUAUGUUAGUUACAGGUAAACUACCUUUCUAAUGUUGAAUGAAUUUUUAAAAUCAGCCCAGUAGUAUUUACGUGAAUGUAAUACAUACAAAAAUCCAAAUCUUUCCUCUUUAUAAUAAUAGUAUAGAUUUGCAAUAUGAGAGUAGAAACAGUAAGUAUUAUAAUGUAUACAGUAUUAAAUUGAAUAUAUUUUUAUAAUAGAAUAUAAAUAUAUCUUU